AUGGGAUCUGAGAACCAGAGCAAUGUGUCCAAGUUCUUCCUCUUGGGGCUCCCCAUCCAGCCAGAGCAGCAGGCUACAUUCUUUGUCCUCUUCCUGGUCAUGUACCUGACCACGGUGCUGGGGAACCUGCUCAUCAUCCUGCUCAUCAGGCUGGACUCCCACCUCCACACCCCCAUGUACUUCUUCCUCAGCCACUUGGCCUUCACUGAUGUCUCUUUCUCAUCUGUCACUGUCCCAAAGAUGUUGAUAGACAUGCAGACUAAUCUUAAGUCUAUCUCUUUUGCAGGGUGCAUUUCCCAGAUGUACUUUUUCAUAUUUUUUACUGACUUGGAUAGCUUUCUUAUUACAUCAAUGGCGUAUGACCGGUAUGUUGCCAUAUGCCAUCCUCUCCACUACACCACCAUCAUGAGGGAAGAGCUCUGUACCCUCUUAGUGGCUCUGUCCUGGAUCCUGUCCUUUGCUAGCUCCCUCUCUCAUACACUUUUCCUGACCCGGACAAUGAAGAGGGAGAACCAGAGCAAUGUGUCCGAGUUCCUCCUCCUCGGUCUCCCAAUCAGGCCAGAGCAGCAGGCUGUGUUCUUCACCCUCUUCCUGGUCAUGUACCUGACCACGGUGCUGGGGAACCUGCUCAUCAUCCUGCUCAUCAGGCUGGACUCCCGCCUCCACACGCCCAUGUACUUCUUCCUCAGCCACUUGGCGCUCACCGACAUCUCUUUCUCAUCAGUCACCGUCCCAAAGAUGCUCAUGAAUAUGCUGAUGCAUAGUCAAUCCAUCUCUUACACAGGAUGUAUAACACAGAUGUAUUUUUUCAUAUUUUUCACUGAUCUGGACAAUUUCCUUCUCACAGCAAUGGCAUACGAUCGAUAUGUGGCCAUCUGUCACCCUCUCCACUAUACCACCAUCAUGAGAGAGGAGCAAUGUAUCCUACUAGUAGCCAUUUCCUGGGUCUUUUCCUGCAUUAGUGCUCUGUCUCACACCCUCCCCCUGGCUCAGCUGUCCUUUUGUUCAGACCAUACCAUCCCGCAUUUCUUCUGUGAGCUUGCUGCUCUCCUCAGGCUCUCGUGCUCAGACACUUCCAUCAACAAGUGGAUCAUUUUCACGGAGGGAGUGGCAGUCAUUACUCUACCACUCAUGUGCAUCUUGGCCUCUUACGGCCGCAUUGGGGCCACCAUUUUGAAAGUUCCCUCUACCAAAGGGAUAUGCAAAGCCUUAUCCACCUGUGGAUCCCACCUUUCUGUGGUGUCUCUGUACUAUGGCACAAUUAUAGGACUUUAUUUUUUCCCCUCUGCUAGUACCUCCAGAGACAAGGACAUAGUUGCUUCUGUGAUGUACACAGUGGUCACUCCCUUGCUGAACCCCUUCAUUUAUAGCUUACGGAACAGAGACAUCAAAGAGGCCCUGGAGAAAUUGUUCAACAGAGCAACAAUUUCAUCCCAAUAA